ACGAAGUAUGGUGCUUCAAGAGCUAAAAUCGAGAGACGACAUUUUUGUUAAUAGAACUCUAACAAUCGAGAGUUUUUCUCCAAAGCUAUCAAGUACAAAAAAGCAUAUAAAGUGCCUUUAUUUCUCUAUUGGACGUGAUGAUUCAGUUUCUGUAAAACUAAGUCAAGUGAAUAGUUGUCAUUUUUUCGUUUAUCGAUUGAAUGAAGAUGAGGCAGCAAUGGAAACUAUAGAUAAGGAUGGCGAAGAAAUAUCAACUUCGACUCAUUGGAUUUUGCCUUCAAAAGAGUUUCAUGGGCUUUGGGAAACUUUAUUUUAUGGUGAUAACAUCAAAGACCACUUACUAAACUUUGUCGAAACCGCAAUGCUGUAUUCACAAAAGCAGGUGAAUACUCACAUUAUCAGUUGGAACAAAGUAGUCCUCUUACACGGACCACCAGGUACAGGCAAAACAAGUUUGUGUAAAGCUUUGGCACAAAAAGUUUCUGUACGCUUGAAUAAUCGCUUUCAACGCACAGAGUUGAUAGAGAUAAAUAGUCACAGCCUGUUUUCUAAAUGGUUUUCUGAGAGUGGGAAGCUUGUAAUGAAUCUUUUCAAUGAAAUUAAACAAUUAUUGGAAGACUCAACAGUUUUAGUAUGUGUCCUAAUUGAUGAAGUUGAGUCACUGGCCCAUGCCCGUAAUUCUUGUGCUAAUGGCACAGAACCAAGUGAUUCCAUAAGGGUUGUUAAUGCGUUGUUAACGCAACUCGAUAAUUUGAAACGUCAUCCAAACGUUUUAAUUUUGACCACGAGUAAUUUGACAGAAUCUAUUGAUGUGGCAUUCGUCGACCGUGCUGAUAUCAAACAAUUUAUACCUGAGCCAAACGUGAUAGCUAUUUACCAGAUUUACUUUGGUUGUAUUCAAGAAUUGAUGAGAACAAACCUUAUUUUACUUGAAGAGGUAUUGGACGUAGCUAUUGUACAGUUAUUAAUGCAACAAACAAAUGAGAACAUGAGAUAUUUUGAUGCUGGUCCACUAUUCCCUAUAGCAGAAAAUUCCGUUGGCCUGAGUGGAAGGAUGUUGAGAAAAAUUCCUUUCUUAACACAUGCACGAUAUUUUAUACCGACUCCUUGUAGCCUUAAUGUUUUCCUUCACUAUAUGGAACUUACUGUGCAGAAAGAAUUACAAUCCCGAAAGAAAUGCUAAAUAUUUUGUUUACUUAGUAUAUUAUAAAUAUACUGUGUUACCUGAUGCAACGGUAAAGUAUUUUGAUAAUAUGCAACGAUUUUUUUCUUUUUCUAUUUGUAGCAUCAAUAAGUGUAAGUUAAAAAAAA